AAGUAGCCCAGCGCCGGGCUUCUUCAAUGCGGGCGGGCACAGCAAACUAGCCUACAACUUCAAACAAAUUUCAACUGGGAGCUCUAUUUCGGGUGCAAAAACACCGCUACCGCUGUGUGUUAAGUUGAAUAAUUACAAUUUUGAGAAUACUGCGCAUCCCAUAUAUUUAUUCAGCUGAGUUAUGGCACAUUCGUCGUAAAAUGUGAACUGCAUUAAUGUAUUUUGCAUUAUAGCACUGAGGGGGAGAGAGCCAUUUGAGAAGGAAAUCGGAUAUCUAAGAUAGCCCACCCGACCAGCUAGCGUCGCCAUACACACUGGGAGUGUCCCUUAAAAUCAAUUCAGCUCAUCAUGGCGCUGGAGCAGCGGUGCAGGGUCGCUCUUUCUUCUUCCAAAUCCUGAGUUUAUCUGAACAAUUCCGGUUUUUAACCACUGUACUGGGUCGGGGAUCCAUCGACCUGGAAACGCAGAGCUUUCCUUCGUGUUAAACGGAGGGAAAGCAGCGUUCACAAUUCACGGCUUUUCCUGAAACAAGGGGGGUUUGUGUGGAUGUUAUCCAGAGCACCAGCCAGCCUCGCGCAGUCUUUCUAAGUCCGGGAGAAAUUGUUUGGUGAGACGAGGAGGGGGUGAUCCAAGGGGCCCUACUUCGAGACGCAGGUACCAUGGCGAUAGAGGGGACAUGGACGUGACGUAAUGGAGGGCCACAGCUGCCGCCGAACGGGAGACUGAGCUGCCAGGCCGGCGUUGGGCCCCGGCUGUCGGGGCGCGGGAGGACGGAGAUGGACGAGGCGGCUCUGCUGGACCUGCUGGAGUGCCCCGUGUGUCUGGAGCGGCUGGACGCCUCGGCCAAGGUGUUGCCGUGCCAACACACCUUCUGCCGCCGGUGCCUGCAGGGCAUCGUGACGUCGAGGGCGGAGCUCCGGUGCCCAGAGUGCCGGAGCCUGGUGGAGGCCGGCGUGGACGAGUUGCCUAGCAACAUCCUGCUGGUGCGACUCCUGGACGGCAUCAAGCAGAGGCCGCGGCGCCCCGGGGGGGGCGGGGCUGCGGGGGGUGCGGCGGCUAACGGCACGACCGCCAUCGCCAGCAGGGGGCCUCGCGAGCAGGGCGUCCCAGGCCUGCCAUUACAGAGGGUCCAGGCCAAGAGCACUCUGGUUAGGGGUGUGCCCCAGCUGCCCUGUGCCAAGGCUCUGUACAACUAUGAUGGCAAAGAGCCCGGCGACCUCAAGUUCAGCAAAGGUGACAUCAUCAUCCUGCGGCGGCAGGUGGACGAGAACUGGUACCACGGGGAGCUGGGCGGGGUCCACGGCUUCUUCCCCACCAACUUCGUGCAGAUAAUCAAACCCCUGCCCCAGCCGCCGCCCCAGUGCAAGGCGCUAUACGACUUUGAGCUCAAGGACAAGGAGGCCGACAAGGACUGCCUCCCCUUCUCCAAGGACGAUAUUCUGACGGUAAUUCGCCGGGUUGAUGAGAACUGGGCAGAGGGCAUGCUGGGAGAUAAGAUCGGGAUCUUCCCCAUUUCCUAUGUGGAGUUUAACUGGGCAGCGCAGCAGCUGAUUGAGCAGGAUAAGGGCAGUGAGGGGGGUGAGGGGGCGGGUGAGGGGGCGUCGGGGAGCGGGAAGGCGGGGGAGGGGAAGAGGAACACUAAGAAGCGGCACUCCUUCACCUCUCUGAGCAUGUCGGGCAAGGCCUCGCUGGCCCCGCCCCAACGCCACAGCAUGGAGAUCAGCGGCCCCGUGCUGCUCAGCUCCAGCAACCCCACCGCUGCCGCACGCAUCGGGGGCCUGAGCGGGGGCCUGUCCUGCAGCGCGCCAUCGCAGGUUCAUAUCUGCACAACUGGCCUCAUUGUGACUCCGCCUCCAAGCAGUCCUAUCACCACGGCAACGGUGUUCACAUUCCCACCAGAGAGCAGCUAUGGGGCAGUGCCAGUGGACGGGCUUCCUCCUCCCCCACCGCCUCCCCCACAAUCCUCUGCAAUCGGUGCUGCAUCCUCAUUGGCUCCUGGACAGAGACCCUCCCCCACUACCAGUGACCCUAGUGGGAGGCAGCGGCCCACUGUGUACGUGGCCAUGUUCCCGUACUGUCCGCGGAAGGAGGACGAGCUGGAGCUGAGGAAGGGGGAGAUGUUCCUGGUGCUGGAGCGCUGCCAGGACGGCUGGUUUAAGGGCACCUCCAUGCACACGGGCAAGAUCGGCGUCUUCCCCGGGAACUACAUGAGCCCCAUCAGCAGGACUGGGGCAGGAUGCGCACAGGCCAAGCUGCCGCUGCCCCUGGGGUCACAGGCGGGUCGCGGGGUCACCAUCCUCACCCCCUCCUCUCCUUUGGGAGUGCCUGUGGGAGGGGCCGACCCCAGUAAGCCCCUCCCCCCCUGCCCCCUGCCCACCGCUGUGGUCCCCGGCCAGCCUGCCAAGGUGCUUCUGCACAUGACCGGGCAGAUGACUGUGAACCAGGCACGCAACGCUGCCAGGACAGCGUCCUGUCUCAGUCAGGACCGUCCGACGGCGGCAGUCUUGCCCAUCCAGGCCCAGGGUCCAGCAGCGUACCUGCCUCACCUGCCAGUCCCCGCCCCCGGCCCCGUCCGCCCGGGCGUGGCUCUCUGCUCUGCCGCUGCCUCCCUGACCCCGCCCAAUGUCAGCGCUGCCUCUCUGGCCACUCCCAGUGCUGGCUCCGCCCCCCUGGAGGGUGAGACCACCAUGAGGCCUAUGGCUGUGCCCAUCGCCCCCGGCAACACCACUCCCAUCUCCCCUGGCAACACCACUCCAAUCGCCCCUGGCAACACCGCUCCCAUUGCCCCUGGCAGCUCCGCCCCUGCUGUCUGCCGCUUGGACAAGAAAGAGAAGAAAGGCUUGCUGAAGCUGCUGUCCACUAAGAAGAGGCCCCGCCCAUCCCCUCCCUCCUCCCCCACACUGGAGUCUGAGCAGGCUGCAGUCGCCGUGGCGAUUGGAGGGGAGGGGCUUCAGGGGGCUGUGGGGCCCGAGCUGCCCGCCCCCGUCACCGGGGGAAACCACAGCCGAACAGGGCCCUGCCCUGCAGAGGCAGACUCUUCCUCCCCCUCCUCCUCCUCCUCCUCCUCCUCCGCCCUGACCUGUGCAGACCCCUCGUUCCGGAGGAGUGGCCUGCUGGACAUCGCUGUCCCCAUCGCCCCCCCCACCCGCCAGCCCUGCUCCUCCCUCCUCUCUCUGCAGCAGGACGCCCGGCCAAUCAUCUGUGAGAGGUACAGGGUGGUGGUGUCCUACCCCCCGCAGAGCGAGGCAGAGCUGGAACUGAAGGAGGGCGACAUCGUGUUUGUGCACAAGAAGAGAGAGGACGGCUGGUUUAAAGGGACACUGCAGAGAAACGGCAGGACCGGCCUGUUCCCUGGGAGCUUCGUACUGAGCAUAUAACA